UGGCGCAGGCGCAGUGAGACAUCGGUGUUGGCUGGUUCGGCGGCCGCUUCCUUCUCGGUGAGGGGAAACCGGCCCGUUUACAGCGGCCGCUUCGUAGCCCCGAAAGAGAAGAGAAAGAAGAGGGAGCGCCUGUGGGGGAUGGCUUUGCGGCUUCUUUUUCUGUUAGUGGAGUGAUAAAUUUUGCUCGACUCUGAAAAAGGAAUUAGAGGUUUGUCCAUGAAUAAUCUAAAUGACCCUCCAAAUUGGAACAUCCACCCCAACGCCAGGGACGAUGGAGGCCAUGGAAGCAAAUGGAAUUAUGCUCUGUUGGUCCCAAUGCUGGGACUGGCUGCCUUCCGUUGGAUCUGGUCCAGAGAGUCUCAGAAAGAGAUAGAAAAAGAGAAAAAGCAUUUCUAUCGAAAACUGUCAACAAUACAGAGAGAGCUGGAGUCUAAAUAUCGUGACAUCAUUACCGAAAAUCGCCGUUCUGUUGCUCACUUAGAGUUGGAACUGGAAAAAGAACGGAACAGGACGUCGAGUUACCGUGAAGCCCUCGUCUCUCAGAGCCGUAAGCUGGUGGAGGAAAGAAGAACCCUGGAAAAAGAACAUGCCCGACUGGAUCAAGAAAAAAAGGUCCUGCAGCGCUCUGGAGCCGCUGGUGCUUUGUACCAGAGUUGUCUGGAGAAAGAAGUGCUGUGGCAAAAGAGAGCCAGCGCUUUGCUCAAAGAGUUUGAGGAAAUUCUCACGGAAAGGCAGGAGAUCUACUGCAGCCUUGUGCUGCCGAGAACCCGGCGACUGGAAAUCGAGAAGAAUCUGCUCAUUAAAGCAGCGACUGAUCCCAUCGCUUUGGACUUGGGAAUGGAGACGGGCUUGAAAGAUAUUUUCAGGCACGACACCUAUUGCAGCAACUUGUUAAACACGAAUAAACGUCGAAACGGAAGGCUGAUGUGGCUGUACCUCCAGUACUGGGAAUUGUCUGUGGAGCUUAAGAAGUUCAAGAGGGUAGAGAAGACCUUGUUGGAAAAUUAACGACUGAAGAAGAAGAAGAAGAGUUUGGAUUUAUAUCCCCCCUUUCCUGCAGGAGACUCAAAGGGGCUUACAAUCUCCUUGCCCUUCCCCCCUCACCACAAACACCCUGUGAGCUUCCCUUCUAGCAUUUGGCCAUGCAACUCGGGUAGUCUCGCAAACCAAAAACUUCUGAAUGGAUAUUCAUUGAACGCUAAUGUUGCAGUACAGACAUAUCAACAAAGAGCAGGAUUUCAAAAGUUAAGUGCUCUAGAAUGGUUUCUGUUUACUUCUACCUUGGUUACCUCACUGGAACAACAAACAUCUCUGAAUAUAGCUUCAGAAACCUGAAGCCGUACCCCUGGUGCUCAACUCUGCCAGUUGGAAGACAGCUCCGUGUGGGCUGGUCAUUGACCGUAAUCAGAGGUGGGAUCCAGCAGGUUCUCUCCAGUUCCCGAGAGUGGGUUACUAAUUAUUUGUGUGUGCCGAGAGGGGGUUACUAAUUGGGUCCGCUUUUC